AUGUUAACAACUGUAUCUGUACCGGCUUUUGAGCUGAAUUCAUCGUUUUAUACAACGGCGUUUGGUAGCAGUAGUACAUUGGAAGGUUUUUCAGUUUCAGUGAUUGAACCCGAUAAUACUAACGCAACAUCGACACCUUAUAUGUUACCAGGAUAUAUAAGAACGACAUCUAUGGUCGUUUGUAUAACUGUAAUGGUACUAGGAAUUAUUGGAAAUUUAAUGGUUCCACUGGUUGUGUUUCGUGGCAAAGACAUGAGAAAUAGUACAAAUAUCUUUUUAGUGAAUUUGAGUGCGGCGGAUUUGUGUGUUUUAUUAAUAUGUGCACCAACAGUACUUGUUGAAGUUAAUUCUGGACCUCAAGUGUGGCCAUUGGGUGAACAUAUGUGUAAGGCAGUGCCUUUCGUAGAGUUAACAGUAGCUCAUGCAUCAGUACUGACAAUACUUGCAAUUAGUUUUGAACGUUAUUAUGCUAUUUGUGAGCCAUUACGUGCUGGAUAUAUAUGUACAAAAGCUCGAGCGACUUUUCUCUGCUUUCUGGCUUGGGUUUUCGCAGCCGUCUGUACAAGUCCAAUACUAGCAAUGACAGUUUACUCAAUGGAAAAAGAUGAUGAUGGAAGUGAACUACCAGCAUGUUCGACGUCAGUAAAAUCAGCUUGGCCGAUGAUAUUUUUUCUAACAACAAUAUUAAUAUUUUUUAUAAUUCCAUUAAUAAUAUUGAUAGUGCUGUACACAAUUAUAGCUAAACAUUUGAUGGCUAAUCCAGCAAUAACACGAGGCCCGGCAAAUAAUUUAUUAAAAUACCGAAAGCAAGUUGUGCUGAUGCUCGGUACCGUUGUAAUUAGUUUUUUUAUUUGUUUAUUACCAUUUCGUGCAUUCACACUGUGGAUUAUUGUAUCGCCAUUAACAGCAAUUAUAAAUCUCGGUGUUGAUGGUUACUUUAUUUUACUGUACAUAAGUCGAGUUAUGCUGUAUCUUAAUUCAGCAAUAAAUCCAAUACUCUAUAAUUUAAUGUCAACUAAAUUUCGCGAGGGUUUCUUACGUUUGUGUGGAUUAUCACGUAAACAAAGUAAAGAUAUACCAACAUCUGGACGAACUGGUACGACGACAAGCAGCAAUCAUUCGGAUUUCUGGCGAAGACAAAGCAACAGCAGCAAAAAUUGCAGUGUUAAGGUCUCUACUGUUAGUACGGAUAAUAAUAAACCAUGUAAUUUAACAAUUAUUACCAAUACUAAAGAAGAUAAUAAUAAAAAUGACAAAGUUAGUUUUGUUUAAAUAAUAUUUUAU